UGGGUGCCAAAGGGAGACGCCGACCACGCUGUCCCCGAACCCUUCCCACCCCCUCGGGGGUGUCAACAUAAAAUCCUUUUAACCCGAGGGUGGCCCGGAGCGACUUCGUCACGCCUGCAUGAGGUCACAAGCAGUCAGUAGCGCGGAGGGGACAGGCCGAGGCUGAGGCGAGUUCGGCGUGAAGGACGCGGGGCGGGAAUCGGGCCCAGGAGAGGCUGAGACCGGCUGUGUUCUGCACGCUCCUGCCGCAGAGGAGUUUAGAACAGUCUUCGUCCUCUCCGAAAUGGCUGCUGCCCAUUGUCCCUACUGCUCGGAAUUCCUCCAGAGAGAGUACCUCACCGAUUUCCUUUCAAACCCUCACUAUGGCAGCCUCAUUAAUGCAGAUGGCCAUGCUGAAGUGUGGACAGAUUGGAAUGAUAUGUCCAAGUUUUUCCAGUACGGAUGGAGAUGCACCACUAAUGAGAAUGCCUAUUCAAACCGUACCCUGAUGGGCAACUGGAACCAGGAAAGAUAUGACCUAAGGAAUAUCAUGCAGCCCAAACCCUUGCCUUCCCAGUUUGGACACUACUUUGAAACAACAUAUGAUACAAGCUACAAUAAAAAAAUGCCACUUUCAACCCAUAGAUUUAAGCGAGAGCCUCACUGGUUCCCAGGACAUCAACCUGAGCUGGAUCCUCCUCGAUACAAAUGCACAGAAAAAUCAACUUAUAUGAGUAGCUAUUCAAAACCUCAAGUUGGGCACCACACUGUGUGUGUGUGUAAUAAUAAUAACUGCCCAUUUCAGAGUCCAAGAUUCUAAGAAAGAAUAAGAAGCUUCAUUUUUCCAGAAUAGAAUAUAGAAGGGAGCACAUUCUAAGCACUACUAAGAAUUUUGCAGACUACAGCAGUUUCACUCUCUGAAUAAAUAAAGCACAGAAAAUGUUCUCUACCCACUCUUAACCAAGAUUUAAAUGUCAAAUUUAAGUUGAUUACAUCUAUUAGUUAUACAUUAGGGGUGUUGUAGGAGGGCAUUAAAAAGAAGCAUUUCUCUCAAAUCUA